AUGGAACUGGCUCGGAAUGGAACCGUCUCCUCGAUUCGUCCUGAUAUUCACAUUCCGUCCCCCUGUCCGGGCCGUGGAGUGCGGGGAGAGCUCAGGAUCAGCCAGGAUCCAUCCGGAUGCAAGCCGAGGGUCGAGGACAUCCCGAUUCUUGCCCAAGGGCGAUGAGAAAGUCGGCUUCAAAAGUUGGGAUUAUUAUUCCGUAUUCAGUUUCAAUUACACCGGUGGUGACUUGAAUUGAAAAUUAGCCAAACAAUAUAAUUACCAACAAAAGAGCCUGGAAUUUGGAAGUGGGAUCAUACUGAGUACCGAUAAUGGCCGGCCCAGCCUCCACCUCUAAGGUGGCUCCGACCAGACUUCGACAGGUCGCUUUGGUGGCUAAGAAUUUGGAUGAAACGCGGAGACUUAUGACCAAGAUCUUUGGGGUCGAUGUGAUCUAUGAAGACCCCCUGGUUGCCAAAUGGGGGCUCAAAAACUUCCUGCUCCCACUCGGGGGAGAAAUAAUCGAAGUGUGCUCUCCAUUUCAGCCGGGAACGACGGCUGGCCGCCUCAUCAACAAGCGUGGCGGUGAUGGCGGAUACAUGAUCAUCAUGCAAACCGGAGAUGCGAGCGCGAGACGCAACUACAUUGAAUCCAACAAACUCGGCCGGGUGAUCUGGACCCACGAUUCGGAUCACAGCGUGGCAGUGCAAUAUCACCCGAAGGGCGUCAAGGGUGGAGUAAUUCCGGAAUUGGACUCCCAUACUCCCACCAAGGAACAUCCGAAUCCCGUGACGGAGCGAUUCUCGCCGUGGCAUGCGCUGGGGCCGAUUAAGAAUUAUCCGCAGCACCUGGAAGCGAUGAAGAACGCCAGCGCACUGAAACUCGUCGGCGUGGUCUGUAGGUUGGAGGCAGGAGACGUGGACGCGGAAGCGGCGUCGAGGCAGUGGGAGGAACUGUUCGGUGUUGGUCGAGUGAGGGAUCUGGUUGGGUUUACCAAUGCGAGGUUAGGUUUCGUUAGGGGUUUGCCAGGUCAGCAAGAGGGCAUUCACAGCAUCACGGUGGGCGUCGAAGGCAAGGAACGGAUGGAGAAGAUUCUCGCCGCGGCCCGUGAGGAGGGUCUCUGCGGUGACGGUUACUUCACGAUGUGUGGGAUCAGAUGGUAUUUGACCGAUACUGGUAGCCCUAAGAAAGUGUGAAGCAAAUCGCAGUUCGAUUAUGGUCCCAUACC